AUGGCCGGAGCCGCGAUGGCCGAGCCGGGCCGCGCGCCGCCCGCCGCGCCCGCCGCGCCGGAGCCGGGCACCGAGGGGCUGCCGCGCGCCUUCCUGCAGAGCCUGCGCACGCUCUUCGACAUCCUGGACGACCGGCGGCGCGGCUACGUGCACCUCCGCGAGAUCGAGUCCCGCUGGCGCGGCGCCGACGCGCGCGAGCUGCCCCGCGGCGUGCUGGAGGGCCUGCGGCGGGCGGCCCCGGCCAGCGGCUACCUCACCUUCGAGCGCUUCGUGGCCGGCCUGCGCGCCUCGCUGGGCGGCGCCGACGGCGGCCCGCGGGGCCCGGCGCGCGCCCCGGCCGGGGGAGGCGGCCCCGCGCGGCCCCCGCAGCCCCCGCAGCGCCUGGCCUUCCCGGCCGCCGAGGAGCCGCGGACCCUCCUGGAGCGGAAGCCCCUGCCGCUGGGCGCGCGCCCCCCGGCGGCCGGCCCGGGCGGCGCGGCCCGGAGCCUGGAGAGGCUGUGCGCCCCGGCCGAGGCGGCGCCCGGCGGCCCGGAGCCCGAGCGGCCGCAGGGCGCGGCGCUGGAGCGGAGCCCGAGCGCGGACGCGGAUGCAGGGACCUGCAGGGCCUGGGAGCUGGGCCUGGGGGACCCCCGGCGGCCCCCCCGAGCCCGGGGCGAGCGGCGGAGGCACACCAUCACCAACGGAGUGGACUGUGAGCUGCUGAAGCAGAUGGCGGAGCUGGAGCAGGAGAAGGGGGUGCUGCUGCAGGGCCUGCAGAUGAUGGCCCGCGGCCGCGACUGGUACCAGCAGCAGCUGCAGCGCGUGCAGGAGCGCCAGCGCCGCCUGGGCCAGCGCCGGGCCAGCGCCGAGUCCGGGGCUGAGGGGAGCCCUCGCCCUCUGGGGCAUCUGCUGCCCAAGGUGCAGGAGGUGGCCCGCUGCCUGGGGGAGCUGCUGGCUGCGGCCUGUGCCGGCACGGCUCUGCCCUCGGCCUCCUCGGGGCCCCCGGGCCCCGCCCCGGCCCCCGCCUCCCCCCCGGCGCCCGGCUGGCAGCAGCAGACCAUCCUGAUGCUGAAAGAGCAGAACCGGCUGCUCACGCAGGAGGUGACGGACAAGAGCGAGCGCAUCACCCAGCUGGAGCAGGAGAAGUCGGCGCUCAUCAAGCAGCUGUUCGAGGCGCGAGCCCUCAGCCAGCAGGACGCCGGGCCCCUGGACUCCACCUUCAUCUGA